AUGAACCAACCCAUGAAUCUACCCGUGGACAAACCCAUGAACCAACCCAUGAACCAACCCAUGAACCAACCCAUAAACCCACCAACCAAACCACCCUGCAGGGACCUGUCAUACAACCAGCUCUCUGGACCCAUCCCACCAACCCUCGGCAACCUCGGCGGACUAACACAACUGAAUUUCCAUUCCAACUAUCUGACAGACUCCAUCCCUUCGAUUAGCUCAAUGACAGAUAUGGUCUACCUGGACCUAGGCCACAACCGUCUGUCAGGAGGCAUCCCUGACCUGAGUGCCAUGACCAGCCUCGGAAACCUCGACCUCUCCCACAACUUCCUCACAGGCCCCAUCGUGAAGCCCGAUACCGGCACCGCUGAUCUAUCCAGCAACUACCUCUCGGGCACACUGACUGACGAGCCCACUGAUGUCUCUGUGACCGCCAACUGCUUCUCAUUGCCUGACGGGGCUACCUGGUCGCCGCAGCGUCCCGAAUCAGCAUGCCAAGCCUUUUGCGGCAUCUCCAAGUUGAAUUCUUAUGCUGCUGCUGCUGCUGCUGCUGCUUGUGGCGCCGGCCAUGGGCUGUGCUAUCCGGACGGGCCUAGCUUGGCGCCGACCUGCUUGUGCGACUCUGGGUUUGUCAAUUUCGGAGAGAUCUACUGCCUUGUUGAAGGCUCGGUUCUUGCCUCCCCAGUCGACGCAGAAAUCCUCCCCCCAGCAACCGUGCUCACCGCGGGGACAAAGAAGGAAGCCAGAGGGAUGUUCAUGGAAGAGCCAAUCACCCUGUUUGUGUACGACAAAGGCCGGGAGGACCCCGGGUGCGGGUUCGAGCUGGGCUUUAACGUCAACUUCACCUUCUCCCUCUCGCCCAAAGGCAAGGCCGUUUCGAACGGGUUUGCGUUUGUGGUGUCGGCAACAACCACGGUGGGGAGCAGCGAUGGCGUGGGGUAUGGCGGGAUGGAUUAUCGAAGCAUGGCGAUCGAGUUUGACAUGCUUCAGAACAUCCAGCAUCUCGACAUGAAAUAG